AUGUAUCUGUUUCUCCUAGAGCCUCAAAACAUCAUUAUUCAAGAUCACGAUCAAGGUCAAGAGAAAGAAAACGGAAGUCAGAUAAUGAAGGAAGAAAGCACAGGAGCCGGAGCAGAAGCAAAGAGGUAAUUAACACUUUGUAGGUACUUUAAAAUACUUGUAAAAUAUCUGGUAGAAAUGUUUGUGUGAAUAGUAUGACAUUGUCAAGGUAAGUACCAAAACUUGAGAUUUAAAAGGUUAAUUGGGCUAUAUAAAAUAAGCAUGAUUUGGAUUCAUCAUUUUUCAAGAAGAUAGUUAUUUAUGUGAAAAAAAAGUACCUUCAAAAAACUUAAUUUUGCUAUAUUGUGAAAAUAUUCACAAUAAAGAUUUCAUAUGAAGAAUAUAAUUGGUUUUUUUAGGCCUGUCACACAGAGCUUCCAUUAAUCUGAGGUCCCGAGUCUCCUUAUUCCUGACAAGUGCUCAGGAUUUUUAAAUAGCAGCCCUUUAAGUAUCAAUAUCCUAGAUAUGUGUGGCCUACCUUUUCUUCUUUAGUAGACUUAGUUCAAUUUCCUGAACAGUAUUAAAUCUUGAAAUAAGGUAUGAGGGACAGCUGAAAAGAUGAUGGUGACACCAAAACAUGAAAAAGAAAGGAAGCGACUAUGUUGCAGAGGAUUUAACUUGCCUCACCCACCUGAGAAGACAAGGAAUGAGCCAACGAGGAAGAGCAGGAGUAGCAGUCAGAAAGGGAGAAGAGUUAUGGGGGCUGGGCAAGGGACUCCUAAAACUAAUGUGGGCAGGGACUUCACCUCUUCCCCUAAUGGAAGCUCUGUUAAAAUUUUUAAUUUAGGAGAGUUUUUGUGAAAAUGACUAUUUUGUUUAGCUCACAUGAUAACAUUUCUAUAAUAAAUCAUACUCAGCGUGCUAAUGCGCGAAGAGACUGAACUGAAGACGCUGCAGACUCAGAUAGCAAAAUAAUAAGCCUACUUCAUGAUAAGAACCAACUUCUUCUUAAAACAGGCAAGAAGACAUGAAUCCAAAGACAAAUCCUCUAAGAAACACAAGUCUGAGGAGCAUAAUGACAAAGAACAUUCUUCUGAUAAAGGAAGAGAGCGACUAAAUUCAUCUGAAAAUGGUGAGGACAGACACAAACGGAAAGACAGAAAGUCAUCACGAGGCAGAAGUCACUCCAGAUCUAGGUCCCGUGACAGGCGCCAUCGUAGUAGAAGCAGGGAGCGGAAGAAGUCUCGAUCCAGAAGCAGAGAAAGGAAGAAGUCUCGAUCCAGAAGCAGAGAAAGGAAGAAGUCACGGUCCAGAAGCAGAGAAAGAAAACGACGGAUCAGAUCUCGUUCUCGUUCAAGAUCAAGACACAGGCAUAGGACUAGAAGCAGGAGUAGAACAAGGAGUAGAAGUCGAGAUAGAAAGAAGAGAAUUGAAAAACCAAGAAGAUUUAGCAGAAGCUUAAGCCGUACUCCUAGCCCCCCUCCCUUCAGAGGCAGAAACACAGCGAUGGAUGCACAGGAAGCUUUAGCUAGGAGAUUGGAAAGGGCAAAGAAGUUACAAGAACAGCGAGAAAAGGAAAUGGUUGAAAAACAAAAACAGCAAGAAAUAGCUGCGGCUGCUGCAGCCACUGGGGGUUCUGUUCUCAAUGUUGCUGCCCUGUUGGCUUCAGGAACACAAGUGACUCCUCAGAUAGCAAUGGCAGCUCAGAUGGCAGCCCUGCAAGCUAAAGCAUUGGCAGAGACAGGAAUAGCCGUGCCCAGCUACUAUAACCCAGCAGCUGUGAACCCGAUGAAGUUUGCUGAACAGGAGAAAAAAAGGAAAAUGCUUUGGCAAGGCAAAAAAGAAGGGGACAAAUCCCAGUCUGCUGAAAUAUGGGAGAAACUGAAUUUUGGAAACAAGGACCAAAAUGUCAAAUUUAGGAAAUUAAUGGGUAUUAAGAGUGAAGAUGAAGCUGGAUGUAGCUCAGUUGAUGAAGAAAGUUACAAGACUUUGAAGCAACAAGAAGAAGUGUUUAGAAAUCUUGAUGCUCAAUAUGAAAUGGCAAGAUCACAAACCCACACACAAAGAGGAAUGGGUUUGGGUUUUACAUCUUCAAUGAGAGGAAUGGAUGCAGUUUGAAAAAGAUCACUUUUAAAGUUUGGACUUUAUAGACUUGUUCUGAUGUCAGGUCCUUGUUCACCAAACAGCUAGCAUUCUAGCUUGCAUGGGUGUUGCAUUGACUUUAAUUUAUUGAAAAAUACGAUAUUUUGUAAAUAUCAGAUCAGUGAUACUGGUGUUAGUGUUGUAAUCAGGUUAAACCCACUUCCAUCAAACUUGACAGGACUAUAGAAGGACAAUAUUUUUUAGUUCAUGAAUUCUACUUUUCAAAUAUAUUAAAGCUGCGGGUGGGAUACAAAUCUCAUACAUAGAUUUUUUCGUGUCCACUGUCUUGUGUACUUUUGUACUUAACCUUGUACAGUUAUUUUCAUCUCUUGAAACAUAAAAAAAUGUUACUUAGAUGUUCUUUAGAAGAUCUGGCCCUUUGGUAUAUCAUCCAGCACAAAUAAGCUGCUGGUGACAAUAAUAAAAAUGGUUUUCUCAAAACUGGUGUUAAUUUAAGUUACCUGGUAUUCUUGUUUGGAUUUGUUUUAUCGUUUCUGUAGCAUUUUGCAAUUACAAAACACUGGCUAGAAUUUUUUUUUUUUUUAAAGUUACGCCAUAGGCAAUACCAUGGUGAGCAAAAAUG